GAUACGUACACAGACGGCGCACACAGACACGGCUGAACCCACCUCAGUCGCAUACAACUCUUGCCAGUGUGGAGUGUGGUUACUCUUAAGGUGUCCACCUGUGCUACACCACCUGAGGUGCCCACCUGUGGUCCACCUGUGCUACGCUGCUCCACCACCUGUGCUACGCUGCACCACCCCCUAAGGUGUCCACCUGUGGGCCGCCUGUGCUACACUGCACCACCACCUAAGGUGUCUACCUGUGCUACGCUGCUCCACCAUCUGUGGUCCACCUGUGCUACGCUGCCCCACUACCUAAGGUGUCCACCUGAGGUCCACCUGUGCUACGCUGCCCCACUACCUAAGGUGUCCACCUGUGGUCCACCUGUGCUACGCUGCCCCACUACCUAAGGUGUCCACCUGUGCUACACUGCUCCACCACCUGUGGUCCACCUGUGCUACACUGCCCCACCACCUGACAGUGUACGCACUCGAAGCUCCCACCUCUCAUACGCCGUACAGUGUUCCGUGAAGUUGUAUAUAUAAGCCUAAGUGGCCAAGGCCAAAUAUUUUAAGUUUAUAGUUUAAUGUAUUUUUGGCCAAUGGAACGGGUGUGGUAUGUACAGGUUAUGCGGUGGUAGAGCCCACAGGCUCAAGUGAGCGUCCUGUUCCUUAUUGGAAAAGUGUAAUAAAACUGACAGAAAUGAUCAAAACCUGAGUGACAGGAGACAGGUUCCUUAGUACUGUCUGCAAGUGUUCCUAAGACAUGAGAGAGCGGAGUUAUAUUCUAUUAUCCGAGUUAUUAAAUUGGUCGAGGAGAACGGGAUAAACUAAGGAGUGUUUGUUAUGAGAAGCGACCAGACGGGAGUAGCAAGAUAAUGGUAGUGUUAAAGGCUGCGUGAGGUGUAGCGACAAGUGCUACACUUGCCUCAUACCCCUCACUGCCUCACUUGGCACUACUCACACCAAGACCGGAUAAUGCACUUCUCACCAUGGAAGUUGUGAGGUGUGCUCACGCCAGGUGAGGAGUACCAGUGGCCAAAGUGCCGCGUGGACGCUGGCCCUCGCCUUCAACAACAAUCACCGUGAACUCUAAAUAAAAUUCGAAGUUAAUUUUUUCCUCUGUGAGGUGGUGAGUUGCAAAGCCGUGAAGAGCUUCACGAGCGUGUGACUGCUUGUAGGACAUUGUGUGUCAAGUGUUCUAGCCUAGGCGUCGACAAGUGUGGGAAGUGAGUUACGACUCCUCGACACACACCCCGGCCAUCAGGGGCAAGAGGGCGUGACUGGUGAUGGCAGCGGUGGUGAAGGAGGAACCUGAGGCCCCUUUUAGCCUUUCUCUCUUAUUGGGUGAGCGAAAUCCCCGGUGUAAAAUUAUGACCGCUUCGGCACUAGUGGGAGGCGCCCCUCCUCCCGCACAUCACCACCACAACCUGCUCCCACAGACACACGCCGCCCUGCAGCAGCAAGACUGCAAUGUCCAGCACAAUACUCAGCACUCUGCACAGACACAUCAGCCACUGAUGAACGGAAGAGGAGGAGGACAUUUUGAGAGAGUUCCCCCUCACUCGCCCUCCAACCUUAUCCCCACCGAGGCAUCGAAGAGACAUCCUUCACCCAACAAGCCUCCAGCCAACGACCCACUGUCACAUCGCAUCAUUGAGAAGCGUCGGCGAGAUAGGAUGAACAAUUGCCUAGCUGACCUUAGUCGUCUCAUUCCCACCUACUACCUCAAGAAAGGCCGGGGACGUAUAGAGAAGACCGAAAUAAUUGAAAUGGCCAUAAAGUACAUGAAACAUUUACAAGCUCACGCAUGCAAUCAGAUAGAAAAUUGUGAGGUGACGGCAAAACAAGAACGGACAGGAAAUCAGCUUGAACAGUUCCAUCUUGGGUAUCAAGAAUGUAUGUCAGAAACAAUGCAGUUCCUGGUAGAGUCUGAAGGUUUCUUCACCGGGGACUCGCUCUGCGUGAGACUCAUGAAUCACCUCACUAAACACUGCGAGAAGAUCCUCACCAGUGAAGGGUAUGUUACAAGACAGAGUGGGGCCAGUUCGUCUACCUCUAGUGGGUACCAUGCAAACAGCUCAUCUACAGGAUCUUCCAGUGAUGGCAAUGGUAAUGGCCCGAGCCAUGCUUCCGAGAGUAAGGACACUCUUGCCUCAGAAGAAAUGGCUUAUCGGUCUGAAGAGCGUCCUGGUGCUGAUGAGCGAGAAGAGAAAUCUGCAGGGACAUCCUCAGAAACCAACUCGGGAAUGGGAAGUCAGCUUCGAGAGAUCUUGCAGCAACAUUCAGGACCUGGCAGCAGCAGUGACCGCAGAUGUGGAGGCUAUUCUUCUGGACUGAGCUCAAAUAAUUCCUCAAGUGGGGAUGAUAAUAAUAACAUUAGUCGACUGUACAAGUUCAAAUCCAAUAUGAAGCACAGAUUCAGUGCUGAUCUUGAACAAUCGCAUCAAGUGAGGAAGAAACGAAGGGACUCUGAAUCAUCUUGUGGAAAUUAUACGGACUGUGAAAAGGACCGAGGCACUCCCACAGGACCUGUUAGUCUUUUACGAUUAACCUCAUGCCAAGAUGGAUUUUCUCAUGACACAAGUAAAUUACUAGAUGAACGCAGCAGCCCAAUGCUAGAAAAAAAUCAAAGAUCUUCAACACUCACUCCAAAGUGUGAAAUUCAAGGAGACAGAGGUUCACCUCAUCAACAAAGUGUAGAUGUCUCUUCUGGGAAUUCUGUUCCAAUUUUUGCCCUAAAUCAAAGUGGGAGAUUUUAUGUACCUUUAACCAUUGACAGUGCGCUUAUUGCUCCUGUCAUGGAAGGAUUGUCAAAUAUAUCCCCAGUUUUACAUCCAAUAUCCAUCAGUGUUAACUUCUGUGGUUCUUGCCCAACAAUAACAUCAAAUAUAGUGAGCCCCAAUCAGAGUAGCUGUACAGGAACUUUGAUAUCAAACUCCUAUCAGUCAUUAGGAAACAGGCUUUGUCAUGCUACCCAUAACUCAACAAUGAAUAACUUUGAGAGCAGUAUUUAUAAUGGACGCCCUUACACUCGUGUUGUUAGCAAUCGAAAACGCUGUGCACCUUCAAAGCAAAUUUCUCGUUUUCAGGAACAGCAUACAGGUUUAUCCAAUACAAAUGAUAGUGUGGAGAAAAGAGAACCUGAAGACCUUGAAAUGUGUGUGUUGCAUGAGGUGAAAGAGCAUCACCAUUGCCACUCUGAUCAUGAGCAACGAGACAUAUCCUGUGACCCUCCUUCCUGGAUAAAGCAUAUGCCUGAGAAAAAAGAUACAAAAGAUCAAGAAAAAUGUCAAGAAGUUAAAGAUAUGAAAAAUGCACAUAACCUAAGAGAUAUUCAUGAAUUGUGGGAUAUUCGUGAUCCUGCACAGACAGUGCGGGAAUUUAUUGACACAAAUAGUAAUUACUCAAAUAAUAGUGCAUAUUCACGGACGCACCCUCACUGGACACCAGCAUACCAUAGUCAAUUAAAAAAUUAGUAGUUAAACAGAAGAGGAAAAUUUUAUACUGUGCUGUUGAGUGAAAUAUAAAUUGUAACAAUGUCCAGUCAGUGUUUGUGUAAUACAGUAAGUUCAUUAUUUUCAGGUGUUUUAAUGGCAUUUAAGAUUAAUAAAUGUAAGUUCUAGAAAUUUAUGUAUGAACAUUACUAAAGCUAUAUAGGAUUUAGUAGUGAGAGACAUUUUCUGAUGAGAAAUAUUGAAUCUUAGUAAUGUUGUUUUGACACAAAAACUAUAAGUAAAGAAUUUAUAAUAUAAUGUGGAAGCAACAUACUUAACAAUGCAUUGAAAAAUUAUGUAAGUAGUGCCAUUGUUGAUAUUGACCUAUGAAAUGGUGAUUUUGCUCAAUAAGAAUUAUUGUGAAUUACUACUUGUAUCCUUGAAAUCAUAACAAUCAUAUUUAGAGCGUACCUGAGUAGGGCUUACCUAGUUCUAUACAUUGUAUAG